AUGACUAAUGCAAGUGAUCGGAUAAAUUUAAACUUUGUACUCUCCUCAGGGUUCACCAGCUCCAGUCUUACUGAAGACAAUAGACUUUUGGAGACCGUGAAAGCCUUUGCCCAUUUUGGAGCUUUCAUUUUCACCGGUCUCUUUACGUAUCUCAUCAUAGUGACUGUGCGUGACUCCCCGGAGUUGUAUCAAAAUCCUCGCUACGUCCUGUUGUGUCAGCACUGCCUCUGCGUGACUGGCUUCAACAUCAUGGGUGCAAUGGUGCACAGUUUACGCAGCCUCCGCUGGCCCAUUUCUCGAAUUACCUGCUGGAUCCUCUAUGACCUACUGGUGGUGAUGGCAAGAGGUUUGAUGAUCACCCUCGUGCUGAUGUCUGUAAACACUUGUCUCUCUAUUUGCAUGCCACUUAGAUACCCAGUGCUGGUCCAGCGCUACCGCCACUGGGUAAUGCUGGGGUCUUGCGUCUUUGUUUUGUUCAACCCUGUGGUGUUCACUGUCCAAGCCUGCUCUCGCUACCCUUGGGACUAUGUGAUUGAACCGGACACAGAGUGCUCCACAGCUUUAGAGGGCACGGCUUGCAUUGUCAGUGCUUUGGUACAGUUGUCAUUGAUGAUUAUGCUUAUCAUCGGAAGCUAUGUGGUGAUUUACUUGGAAGGCAGACGUGCUGGCCAUUUCACACCUUCCAACAGCAAGGGCCGCCGCACCAUUCUCAUCCACAGCCUGCAAAUGAGCUUGCACAUCUUCCCCUCCCUCAUUAUCAUCUCCCGGCAUCAGGAGAGACUAGCUGUGGCACUCACUCUUUAUAUUGUUUUUUGCUGUGCACAGUCACUGAGUCCUGUGGUGUUUGGCCUUCUCUGCAGAGAGCUCUACAAGAAGAUGCCACAUUUCCGUGUCAAUUGUGGUAGCUGUGGACAGAUCAGGAGCAUGAAUAACACCAGCACUGGUACAGCCAGUAAAGAGAGGAACGCCUCUACCAGCACGGACACGGGCAACCUGUCUGUAGUUAUCUCGGAGUGUGACAAAAAAGACAUGUCAGAUAUUUCAAAGUAA